UAUCAUGAUAAGCACAUUCACGACUUUAACAACCACGACAAGUUGUCACUGUACCAUCGUUCAUGAUUCAACACAUUGAUCAUUCCAUCUAGUUAAGUACACAGUUAUAACUUGUAAGGUCCUCUAAGAAAGAUGUUGUCGGAGAAAGUGAUCGUUUCACCCGCAGUAGCUGCUGGUCCUCGUGGUCCUGAUGUUCUUCAUAUUAGUAGCACGACCAGGGCAAGCACAAGGGAAAAGCCAUCGAAUCUACGGCAGCCGUCCUAUCAGCGUAGUUCUCGUAGGACUAGUGGAAGUCGACCAUCGACGUCAGGUGAUCCUGUUCUUGCUGGCCAACAUAAUCGACAGAACCCCCAACGAGACAGUCUGACACUAUCUCUCUCAACCGCUACUUCGUGUGAGGAGCGGGAAACGGAGGGAGAAUUUUUAGAAAGAGCAGAGGAGGCAAUUGAUUAUGGGUUGAAAGUUGACAUAUCUAUGAGCAUCUCUAUGGUAAUGGUUUCUUCAAGUACUUAGGAAAGCCAUAGAUAUGCGACCUACUAGAUGGGGGCCAGCAACUUUCAACCCCUAAAUUGAUAUUGGUACAGGUUGUACAUCAACAGUAGUUGCUAGUGGAAUUACCACGUCUUCGACGUCUAUUAGAAGAACAUCCGACGCACCUCGAUUUCAACGGGAACUUCGACAGACAAUUCUUAUGACUUCUGGAAAUCUCCCAUUUCGAUUAGCAUCUUGGAACUCCGUGUGAGGGAGAAAGGGGUUCUCCGAGAUGCUUUUCAAAAUCAAUGGGAGAUUCCCGGAAGGUCUAACUCUAACAUUCACGACGUUGCGACCACAGGAGUAGAGGACACAGCAGAUGACAAGAUCAAUAGUUCUGAGGUUCUCCUACCUCCAAGAGCUUCGGUACAGGCAUUUGCAGGUACAAGGAUACGCCACUCGGAUGCACCUUGGUCUCAGAGAUCGUCAGAAGUUGGUGUAGGUGGAGCUGGUGCAGGAUCCUAUGGAGUAGUUGUAGGAGAGCAGGUGAAGACUACUAAGCGACGCCUAUCACCGAAUUUCUUUACUGAAGGCAACGGGUUCGACGAAGGCGAAAUCAUCAUUAAUGAAAACUUUAUGCAUGGUGGAUCGGCAAUGAAUGUCAAGAUGUUGAACAAUAAUAAAGUAUAACAACUGAUGCUUCUGGUUUUAUAAUUUUCCGUAUACAACCAGUGUUCGUGUUGUGAGUGUCUAAUUUUCUACUCAUGCCUGUUAGAUCGGUUUCCUGGCUCUGCUCGAGCCUGUUUCGUCCCGGACAACGCGGCCUGGCCGCAGAGCCGCGGACCUUCAACCUUGAACCUUGAACCUAAUUUGCUUACUACCUUCAUCAAUUUCAAAGCAACGCCAAAAAUUCAAGAUUUAAAGCAUGCUCUCGACUCAAAUGUAAUGAGCGAGCGCCAGAAGUAAGUUGCAUAUGCAUUCCCCAUUCCCAGAAAUUUUCCCCAUUCCCAAUUUUCCCAUAUUCAUAUCUCCAACAACGCCGGUUUUCAAUCUAGAUGAAGAUCCAUUGGCGCGGACAUCUGGGUCUGGACCGCGACAACUGGAGCUUGAUGUGAAAGCAGAAGAGGAAGACGAAAGCGAUGACGAGGAGCGUCAGCGACGUGCACAGAUCAUCGAAGAAAUCGAAAAUUCCUAUGCCCAGCAUUGCAAACGAGAGCAAGUGGUAGCAGAGCACUCAGAUACGGAGGAGCAAGAGGGAGUUGUAAGAGAAACGCAGCUACAAAACACAGAUGAACUACUGCUGAAGGCACCGUUGCCACAAGAUCAACUUGAACUACAUGCGAAUGCUAAUCAUCUUGAUUCUGCUUCUGGUAGUAGACCUAAUUAUAUGCCUGACGCGCACGAACAACAACCGCAAUCAUCUGCUUCUUGCGUUCUCGUCCAACAUCAAGAUCAAGUAGAACACGAAAACGAGCACAAGAACAUAAUAAAAGAUGCAGACCGUCCUCCUCUCGAUAUCGCGGAACUAGAGGCAAACAGUACGGUAGACGAAUUGUGGACUCUAUUGCUAAGGCCACUGCUGAAGCAUGUCCUUAACACCAAUGGUUUCCCUUGGUUUCUCUUUUUCAAGGGGAAAAAGAAGAACUACCCAAGGAUAUUAUCAUGGCUCUCGUCAAAGAGGCAGAUGCAGCGACCACGUGGAGGUAGCUCUAACAUUCUUUCAAAAUUAUGCUUGGAUUCGUCGAGUACGGGAAUCUUUGCGUAAAAGUACGAAAGGCGCAGAAAAACUACGUCUAGAACUAGAGUAUCUUAGCAAUAAAGCCGAAUUUGACGAGCGAUCAGCAGCCUUGGCGGCCAGAUUGAGUGGCGUCAAUGUUGAUCUUCGCGGAACUGGUAUUAAGCGCAGGUGGCUAAAGGUGUUCCUGUUGCCGUUUGUUUUGCCUUUGUCGAGGGGGAAACAAAGGCAUAGCGAACGGGGUAAGCGAACACCAAAGCCCUACCUCUAAUGGUAGCGUGAAUGGAGGAGAUGCGUCGUGCUCAGUGCUUCUAGACAAUAUUUUCCCUCAACAUGAUGGAGAAAGACUGUCAAGCAUUUUUGGUGGUAGUCCUAUAUCUACACGCAGAGAUCAAGAUCAUGUUGACGGGGAUACGAGUACAUUGAUGCUGUCAACAGGUACUGGAAGUCCUCGACACCAUCACCACGUGAACUUCUCGUCGAGCACGGGCUCAUCUUCACGUCACCGAUCACGGUCUCAAACGGUCGGAAACAAAGGGCGCAGCGGAAGUUCUUCAGCACGUAAACGGAACAACUCAGCGAGUGCUUUCCGGAUUAUGGCAUGUCUUCUUACUGCAGUUGUAAGUGGUUGUUUUUAUAAUAGAUUCGGUUUCCAUAACCUAGCCUAUGUGCAGGAUCAUAACCUUUUCCGUUGCAUCUUCUUUUCAUCAUUUACAUCCUAAAUGUAAUAUGUAUUGUUUGAGUGCUUUUAAGGAUAAGUACUUAAUCUUAAACACCUCCUCGUAAUAAAUCUUGUUUUCUAAUGUUUGCAGUAUGUUAGACGCCCAUGGCCUACAGAAGACUGGCGCAGAUGUAAACCUCAUGAGCCGAAACGCAAGUAGUGCAAGUGCUGCAUCUUCUAGGAGGAGUGGGUCAAGGAGUCGAGUUUGUAGCCUUACUAGGACUCCGAAGACGACUCAACGACGCGUAUGCGUAGACGUAGACCAUGACCACUCAGAGACGGAGACAGAGAAAGAGAACAUGAUGACCCACAACUAUAGCUCAUCAUCUUCUGGCUCUGCAGAGCACGUUGCAAAAGUUGUAAACCGAUUGUACAAUGGCGGACGUACUGCAACUUCUACGACAUCUAAAACUGCUUCCAGCAAAACAACUCCCAACAGCAAAACUACGCACAACUUCUUGAAAAGUAGGUCACCUAGUAAAAGUUCUAUCAACUACAUGGGGUCGUUGGGGAUGAACACUUCUUUUUCUAGUAAUAUGGCAUCAUCUUCAACCAUCAUGAACACGUCUGCACCAGCCAGCGCCUCCACCGCCAAACUAGCAGAGAUGCGCUGUCGCCUUACUGGUUUUCUGGAGACCUUAGAGAAGCAGCAAACCAUCCUGGAGAUGGAUCUGAGCAAGAUCCAAGAGGACACCGUUCAAAUUGAACUGCUGGUAGCGAAGAAGCGCAAAGUAGAAGAACCAGAUGACGGACGAGCUUCAAUUUUGUGUGUUGACUCUGCCACCAGAGAAGACACUUCUAAACCCUCUACCACAAAUGCAGUGUUGGAGUUCCAAGAAGGACACCUACUACAACCACAACAGCUUCGAGCUCCUCUUGGAACCGGAAUGGGAGUGAUCGGCAACAUGCUUCCAUAUUCCUCAACAUCUUCAUCUCAGCAGUGGACGAGAGCUCAAGACCGCGAUCUCGAUGCUUCGUUCAACCUCCGAAGCACCUAUACAGGAGCAAACGAAGCUUCUGCUAAGUCGCCCAGCUCUACUCCUUCUGCAGGUGAUGAUUAUUUCUGAUAUGGUUCUUCGUGGAUCAUAGUUGUACUCGUUGUGGGUUUAGUUAGUGUUAAGCAUUCUGUAUUAGUAUUUCAAGUGUUUCAUGUUUUCGGUUUGCAUGUAUGCUACAAAUUGAUGUAGUUUUUUUUUUGACUUUCCGUCCGUGAUAAGAUCAAAGAAAUAACCACAUCAGGUAUCAAACUCGCGUCAGACUUGGGAACUAAGAUGCAUGGGCUCAUUUCUGGUGCUGUCAGUCGCGAAAUAGUACGAUUGUCGAGAGAAGAGGAACGUUAUCCUUCUCGUGCUCCUGCUAUCCCAAGUAGACCACGUCGUAACAGUACAGAGCGGCUCUUUGAUGGCGUGCAGGCGUAUAAGAAAGACAAAAAUAGUGGUGCUAGUCGCGUGGUGGACUUGGUGCAGCAGGAGGAGAUGUCUCCUAAACCUAAUUCCAUGACGGUCUCCAGAACAUCGACGUCUGGUGUUCAGCAUGACAAUAGCAGCAUUGGCCCACCUGCGCCAACGAGUUCUAGUAGUAGUCGUGUUUUCUCUCGGUCGCCUGACGCUGUUCUUCGACGUGGAUUCAAGUUUGAAGGUCGAAAUUCGAAUUUCUGUCCCCCUAAAGCGCCUGCUUUAGCAUUGCGUGGCCAGGCACCGUCACGGAAUACAAGGGAUGUGCACCAGGAAUCAGAAGAAAUGAAGCCGCAAGGAGGGCGUGGUGCUAAGCCUGAAUGUACGGACCCAUCUAUCUCGUCAAGGUCAACUCCUGUUGGUUAUAGUACCACCUUCAAUUCGAACACCAACAUGGCCAACACCAACAGCAAUGCAAACACAUCCUCCGCAAACAACAUUAGCAGUAUGAAAAAAGCGUACAAGGUACAACUCGUUAAUAGGCCUGGCAGUAGUCGGAGUCGCAGCCGAAGUGCAAUGACGAAAGCCGUUGCUACGCCUACGGCCAAUCAAUCCCACGUUGUAGUAAGCCCCCACUACAUCACUGCCACAACAACAACUUCGCCGUCUACAUUUUCCUACCACGCGCCACUUCGAUCUUCUUCGUGUAAGAACCUCACUUCUUCUACUAGAACGGUGCGAGCUGUAGCUGGAGGAAGCGGCCCAAUGACCGGUUGUAGUACUGUUUAUGCAUCUCCACCUUCUGGCUCUAUUUCGGCAUACGCUGGUUCUAGUAUGAAGAGCGGCUCACUCUCGACAGCUUCAACUAGAAUGAAGAGCCCUACUUCUUCAGCUUUACAACAGCAGCUUUUCGCUAGCAGUCGACCACCUGCUCCCCAGCUUCCUUCACCAUCGGAUAUCGUUGUAGGAUCAACUCAAGGUCAACAGCUCCAAGGACCGACAAACAGUGCCGUAAUUAGUCCCCUGGAGGCAAAGCAGCUGAUUUUCACUUCCACCCCAGUAGAUGAGAGCAGUGCUGCGGCCACCGUCACUGGUGUUAAUACAGAUGCAAGAAACUAUAAUAGUUUUAGACCAAGAACUUCUAGCGCGAUGCCUGCUACCUCUAGUGCUGCUGUGAGAAGAGCUUUAAGCCAAACUCCACCUUGUGCGACGUCCUCUUUUAGGACUCUUGCCACGCAUCAGUUGUCUUCGCCCAUAAGAGUUCCUGGUUUGCAGCUGCAACUUCCUGCUUCGCCUUUGGUCCUCCAUCUUCUCGGUCCUAGCCCUAACACGGCUAGUUUCACGACGCAGCAAGAACCUCCUGCUCAUCCUCAACAACUACAACUGCCUUCUCAGAAGACCUUGAUGACAUCACCUCAACAGCCUCAUGCUCAUCAACAACGAGUAAUUAUGUCGUCGUCCAGCGCAGACUCAGUUCCUACCGGUCGGUCUACUCCAACAAAUAGUGCUGUUGAAAAGGUUUUUCUACCGAUACCACGCUUAUCACCAGAUCUAUUUCGUCUACAGACGUCUGCUAAGCCUUUCCGCUCUGCUAGUCUUGGGCCUCCUCGCUCGAGAACCGACAGCAGAGAGCAGCGUGGAAGAGUUUUUAAGUUCGAACGAAAAACUCAUUCUCACUUUGUUUAUUUUGUAAAUACUUACUGCUCAAUUCAAUCCAUCUUGAUCGUCUUUGUCUUCGUACCGCGAGCUAGUCGCGAUAAAUCGAAGCGUACUUCUUUCCGCGUAGCUCCCGGCCGUGGGGGGAGCUCAAUUACAUGCGGCCUCUACCGCUUUUAUUGUUGUAUUUGUGUGGUGAUUUCUUCUAAUCCCGAUCCUGGUGCAGCAGCUCAUGUGCGAUUCGCGGACGAACAACCCAAUACCAUUAAAAUGGUCGAACCCAGACCCACCACUGAGGAUGCUCCUGGAAUCUCAUCACGAGCUCGAAGCCAAGAUCGUAGUUGUACUGCGCUGCAGCUUAACCAACCUAGAGGUGAUGUAGUAAGCGCUACAAGUUCUAGUGUUGCUCUUCUUGGUAAUCGUCCACGAAGCAGAGUAGCUUCACGCACUAGAGGAGCUUCAUCAUCUACAUCCUCCACUGUGGUUACAACUGGUAGUACAAAUACAGCAACAGCUUCAUCAUCUUCGAUGAAUACGAAUAGAUUAGAGGGAAACAACAUUAACAUUAAGACUUGCUCUUGCCGUAAUUCAUCUACUUAAGAGGCAUCUUUGGACACGAUUCAAGGGCAAUCCACCUCAAAGAUGCACUUUAAGAUGAAUAUCGGUAAAUUCUAAAAAUAAGGGAAGAGGCAGACUCGAAGGGCGUCCGCCUAGACCCAAUAAGCCUAGGAAAAGCCUGACAAGACAAGAGCGCAGCCAAAAAUUGACGCUUGCUAAAGAUGUUUUGGGAAAAUCACGAUAAGCCUACUUCUAAGUAACUACAACUACUUGGAUGAUGAUGAAAAUAUAUUAUACUCUCGUCCUUGGCCAAAGUGCCAGUGCCAUGAAGGUUGUUAUUUUUUUUCGAAUCUAUGAAUAAGGAUAUUCGUGCUUCGUCCAAAUCAUUUGGAUAGAUAUUUUAAAUCCACUUGUCGUUAAAUUCACAUGUCUUUCCAGUUAAAGUCGUUUAUUUCCAGGAAAACAACGUUAAGAUUUUUUUCACACUUUUAUUUUGCGCAUCACUGUAAGUCUAAGUUAUCUUCAUAUGGGGAGAUGAGCGUAUAAGGGGGUCGGAAAUAAACUGAAGAUGAUAUCAAACAUUUUCUGCGAUCAUCAACUUGAUAUCAUGAACUCCGCAAUACAUCAAGUAAAGCUCUUGACUGAUCCCAAAUCACAACAGCUCUUGUCGUAUCUUCGAGGGCAGUUUUCCAUAUCAACUAAAAGAUUCAAAGAUGAUUUGUUUACGUCUUUUGGUGAUACCCUUACCCGCAGGACGUGGUCAAAGAUGAGCAGC